AUGUUGCAGCGGCUACCAGCGGUGCUCAGCAGGAUAGGGAUUAUAUUGGCCAGCCCCUUGGGUGAAAAGAAACGAGAGGGUGGCAAUACAACGACUGGUAGUAAUGGUCCAACUGAAAUGAACGUCGCCUGUACAACCUGCAAUUCCAAUUCCUGUACACAUACAACAACCAAUGGCUGUGCAGCAGAGUGUUGCUUUGUUCAGCUCAGGAAAAAGGAGCCGCCGCAUCCAAUCCGGGUGGCGAAAACGAUUGACGUAAUAGCAAGAAUAACGUUUCCAGUCGCAUAUUUUAUGUUCCUCACAUUUUUCUUCAUACACUACAAAGGAGCCUCAUAA